GCUGGGGAAAUGGGGGUAUGUUAUACGGUAUGGCGUUAAAACGGCGGCAAGGAAGACAUUGGGUGUGAAUCGCUCUCGAAACAAUGCGUCUUCCUCGGGGAAUCCAGUAUUGUCUUCUGAUAAAGGAGAGAGUGGAGAGGGGGCUACUGUGAUGAUUUAACAGGUGAGUCUCGUAAAUUAUUAAUUUAGUCAGAUCUGAGUGAGGGGGGAGGUAAAUGGGCUCUUUAGUUGAAAUCGGGAGGGAGCUAUUUCCAAGCCUUCCUUUGGAACGAAUUAUUCCAUCAUUAUCGUUAAACAGCCCUAAGGCUUCAUUUUCUCGGUCUGGGGGUGGAAAACGGGACUGCUCUUGCUUUAUUAGAAAAUUGAGGGAUUGACGAAUCUCUGAAAAGGUUAUUUCAAAAUUAUGGAAUAUAAACGAAGUUAUCUCGUUUCCGGAAUUAAGUUUCAAAAAAUGAUUACCCAACAAAGUUUCAACAAAAAUUUUAUUUC